GAGGACCCGUUCUCUCAGUUCACUGCAGGGCAACCAGGAAAUGGCAGAUGAAGGAAGGUGUCCGUGAGAAAAUGUGAUAAUAACAGCCAAUGUAUUUGGGGAGGGAGAAAAUCGAUUUAGCUGUGAUUUUGAAAUGCAAAGUUCUUAAAGAAGACAGGAUGUUUUUUAUGAGUUAUUGACAAAUAAAUCAGUAAGCUAGCUAGCUUACUCCAACUAGUAGGCUGAUGAGAUGAGCUACAAAGGCAUUGCGAACGUUACAAAUAAAUAUACUCAAUUCCAAAAACAUCGAAGAAAAAGUCCACAAAAGAUAUAACAUUAAAAAGGGACGUAAUGAAUAUGGAGAUAGAUGACAUGGAGGUUAGAGGUAACAGACAGCAGAAACUUUCCAAUGUACGCAAGGAAAAAUCUCGUGACGCGGCUCGCAAUAGAAGAAGCAAGGAGAAUCUACAAUAUAUAGAGCUUGCGAAGUUGCUGCCUCUUCCAGAAGCUGUCACUUCACAGCUAGAUAAAGCUUCAGUUAUAAGAUUGACAAUCAGUUUCUUAAAGUACCGAGAGUUGACUGGCAAAGAAGUACGAAAGAAAAAGAACAAGCUUGUGAUCAAGCCAGUUAAGAUUGGAAAUAAAGAAGUUUCACCAUACACAUUUGAGAAAGAUCUUGGUUUGCAUUAUUUACAGGCCUUAGAUGGCUUUCUGUUCUGCGUUUCUCAAGAAGGAAGAUUUCUCUAUAUAUCUGAAACAGUUUCCACCCAUCUUGGAUUGCCACAGCUGGAUCUGGUUGGAUCAAGCGUGUUCAAUGUUCUACAUCCGGAUGAUCAUAAAGAAUUUUCCGAGCUGUUAUGUCGACCAGUACAACCAACUGAUAAGGACUUUAUGAAUUUCGACGACUUUGAUGCAAUGACGUUCACAGAAAUGAAUCGCAAAGCAAAUCAGGGAUAUAUAUCCAUGUUUAUUCGCAUGAAGUGUGCUCUAGUAAAACGCGGUGGCUGUUACGUCAAGUCGUCCGGUUAUAAGGUUAUUCACGUCUCUGGCCAGCUUGUCCCGUUUAAAAAAGUGGACCAAAACGGCGAGCGUUCUUACGCACUGGUUGCAACAGGACAGCCGCUACCACCGCCAACAAUUUGUCAACUGAAACUGGACACGAAAUGUUUUGUGAGUCGUGUUGGAAUGGACCUUCGUAUUUCGUUUUGUGAAGGGAAAAUCCGGAAAUAUAUGAAUUUUACCGCACGUGAUAUUGUGGGUAUGAGCGCCUACGAGUUUUAUCAUCUAAAUGAUAUGAUGAUUGUGCAAGAUGCACACACCGAUUGUAUUAACGUAGGAAAAUGUGUUUCGCGUGCUUAUCGUUGGAUGAAUAAAACAGGUGGCUGGGUUUGGAUGCAGACUGUCGGGACUGUUAUUAAACGAAAUACGCCCCAUGGGGAAGAGUCGCAAAUCUUAUGUGUAAACUACAUAUCCAGUGACAUCGAGGAAAGUGACGAAGUGAUGCAUAGUAUUCAACAACAUUUUGCAGCGUUAGAAAUUAAAGAUAAACCCAGUAUAUCACAGAAGGAUAACCUAGAGGACUUUGGAGUCGACGCCACACAAUUUCCUACUCCUUCAUCCAAUGAAAUAACGACAAGUUAUUCGCCAACUGAAGCUGGCAGCACAGUGUACGACAAAGACUCGUACUUGCUCUCGCUGGAGUACGAUAAUCAGGUUAAUCUUAACAACCAGAUGAUGUCGAAUUCAAACGACGCUCAUAUGUUAGACGACUUAUUCACGCCGCAAGGUAUAUCAAUACCACCGGUACAUGAUCGCAUUCCAUCCUGGCAAGAAAGUCAAGCCAUGGACGAUGCGAACGACCUUGCAACGCAUCUAUUAAUGGCUGAAAUGGAGGCUGACAAAACCCCGAUGAAAUUUCCAUUCGAAGAUGGUCCUGUUAGCCCACAGUCAAGCUACGCUGAUUUUUCGCCCGUCACAAAUUCGUUUUCUCCGCCCAGCAAUGAGCCAACAAGCCGUGGUGUGUUUUCAAUGAAAAGCACGACUGUAAUACCGCCGUGUGGUAUGGAGCAUAUCAACCGCAUGAAGGGGACUUAUAUGGAGGAUCUUAAUCAGCUUAUUCCACCGUCAUUAAAUUCAGUUAGUCAUUCUAGUGGACUUAAUCCGAAUACACCUGGCAAUGGUAACAUAUAUAAUACACCUAUGUUUAAUAAUACUCACACUCCCUCUACGCAUUUAAACCCUAACUUUCCCGGAAUUAAAACUGAACCAAUGAUUGAAGAUCCCUUCGUAGCAGUAACAAUGAAUUGCUUCAGCGUCUCACAACCGGCAGCUUCCACCCACGAAUUGCCAAAUGUAACAGUUUCGGAACAUAAUUAUAAAUAUGGGCAUUACACUGCCCCUAAUUUAUAUAAUCAACCAAAUUUAUUUCAGAAGAACCAAUAUUCUGCCGGAGGGCAUAGAAUAAACCCGCCACCACAACACGCCCAACAACAGAGACAUAUAACAGAAAACACACCGUCUGCGGUUACUCCUAACCUGAGCUUUCCUUCUUCUAACCCAAUGCAAAAUGCUUGCUUUAAUACGACCUCGUACGGAGAUCGACUUUUAAAACACCAACAACAUAUGUUUACCUCCUCCACAUUGCCGUAUUUUUAGAAUCAUAGGUCUAUCAGGCUCUGUGAGACGCUGUUAAGUGGAAUUAACUUCGUGGACGGAGAUCUAUGCUUAUGUUCAGACUUAUGCUGAGCAGGUUAAGCGUUGAAACAUUAAUGUCGUACAAAUUCCCCUUGUUUUCAAUCUGAAGUAGUUGGUCAUAUAAACAGGGUACGCCUACCAAAUAUAAACUCGUUGUUGGUUUUACUUGCCUACCCGAUUGUUACAUCGCACUGUUUUGUUAGAAAUGAAAACGAAAACACAUUCUUAUAUAUGUAAAUAUUAUUUUUAUUUAUUAUACUGAAUAAUCACGCGAUUUUUUAGAUACAUAUUGCUGCAUCCA